AUGUCACGUUCCAAUGAAAGUCAACGGGAAGAUGAGGCAAACGAAGCCUUGCAACUAGUCAAGAAUGAGGAGAGACAAGAGGCGCUCGAUUGCGCUGGACCGCCACCACCCGGUGUAGAAGGAUCCACAGAGCCAAACGGAAAUAAUGGGGAACAACUCUCAGUCAUUACAUCACGGCGAGCAUUACGUACAAUCACUACAGCAGGACACAUAACAGAAACAACGGAGGGUGCAGAGGACGGAGUGAAAGACGAGCCACCCGAACCACCACCGCUAGACCACGAACCUUUACCGUCAUACCACGAACACGAGCACGAGCAACAGCAGCAUGAACACGAGCGACACGCGCAUUAUGAAGAAGAGCGCCUACGUGCCGUCGAGCAGGACACAGCGCGAUACCUUGCUUUCAAGCAGGAGCCGUAUCGUUCAUUACACUCACCAGCUUCCACAAACGCUCAGCCUACCGCGGACAAAAGAAAUAUCGGAGCAUACCGCACAAUACCCCCAAGCACCCGCACACAAUACCCGCGAGGGUUAGCGCUACGUUACGGUGCCCCACACCAUGUAAUUGUAUCACAAGAAGAAGAGCAAGCACAGGAGACGCACGAAGCUUUUCUGCAGAAGGAAAAGAGCGAUCUACAGCAAGCACAAGUUCAGGCGUACGCAAACGCAGAACAGGAUGCGAGGCAGUACGCAGCGGCUGGCCUGCAGGAGCACCCUGGGACCACAUUAGAAAUGAUACAGACUACAGCACUUGGAAACCAACAGGCUAUUGGUGUCGCAUAUCAACAGGUGAAGUACGAAACCCGUGGCGAGGCGGAGGCACGGUCGAGUACAUACGCAAGUUUGCAGCCCGUUAGUUCCGUUCAAAGCGGCUAUACAUAUGCUGGCCAGAGUCCACAAUAUGCUACUGGCGGGUACAGCGCGUACGCACCAGCUAGUGCCGGCAAAGAGCUGCUUACGCUGUAUGGUGGAGGAGCGGGUGGCAGUACUGGUACAGCACGGGGAGGGGAGGAGUCUCCACCGCAGCUUGUAUACCGUGCAGAUCCCACAUUAUCCUCGUCUGGUCUAGGUGCUCGAGCACACGUUGUUUACGGUGCUGUGGGCACUCAGUACGAGGCACCUGCCAGUCCUGGUGCACCGCAAGUGACACUAUAUGCCCAUGCUCACGGAAACGCCGUACAAUAUAAUCUAUCACAAGGCGCUGGCGUCGAGUAUGUUCCAGUAUCUGGCUAUGAAGGUGGCCUGCUGGUCGAGAGUUACGCGCCUCCUUCACAGCCGUGGCCCACCCACAACCUGUUACCGAUCGAUGACCAGUUUGAUCCAAAUAUGACAGGCAUGGGAGAGGUGAAGGAGUGCGUGAACUGCGCAGCUGCAACCACACCUCUAUGGCGCCGUGACGGCACCGGUCACUAUCUGUGCAACGCGUGCGGCUUAUAUACUCGUAUCAACGGAGUCAACAGACCGCCCCUAAAAGGACAGAAGGCGAAGCCCCAACAACCGCUGGAUUUGCUACAGCCGACGAACGGUAACCGCCGCGUCGGCGUCACCUGUGCCAACUGCCGUACGUCCAACACCACCUUAUGGAGACGGAACAACAACGGAGAACCUGUGUGCAACGCGUGCGGACUCUACUACAAGCUUCACAAUGUGAACCGACCGCUCAGUAUGAAGAAAGACGGCAUUCAAACGAGGAAGCGGAAGCCAAAGAGCAUGGGAGGCGGACAUAGCGGACACAGUGGGCAUAGCCACGGUGCUGUGGCGAGACCUGGCGGUGCAUUGACAGGUUACCAGCGAUAG